AGUUGACGCUAUAGUGUGGCCGACAAGACUUCUAUAAAAGCCUGUUUCAGCAACGUUGAUUUAAAGAUUUUUCCCCGUGUUUGCAAAGUCAUCGACAUUGGUAAAGUCAACAUGCUAUUUUUUUUCUUUGUGUCAUCGCUGAUUGUCUUUAUGACUCAUGUCGUGCAUGGUGCAAAAUGGACUUACGCGGGACCUCAUGGUGAACAUUUCUGGUCCAAGCAAUAUCCUUUCUGUGGAGGGGCAUUCCAGUCUCCCAUCGACAUCCAGACAGACCUGCUGAGGUUUGAUCCAACCUUGCGUCCAAUUGAGGUCCGGAACUACAACUUAUCAACUGAUGAGCAGCUUACACUAGGAAACAAUGGUCAUUCAGUGCAGCUAUCCCUACCCUCCAGGAUGCACCUCUCCGGCCUCCCUCAUCACUACACUGCUGCUCAGCUCCACUUCCACUGGGGGUCUUCUAGACUGCCUGCUGGAUCAGAGCACACUGUCAAUGGCAAGCAGUUUGCAGCAGAGAUGCAUGUUGUGCAUUUCAACUCAGACAAGUAUGCCAACAUCUCCAUGGCAGUUGACAAAUCUGAUGGACUGGCUGUGCUGGGGGUUCUGAUAGAGAUUGGGGAGUUCAACCCAGCAUUUGACCAGCUCCUUAAGUACAUCAAUGGGAUUAAAUACAAAGACCAGAGGGUGCAGGUGGCAGGGUUUAACAUCCGGAGUUUGCUGCCUGCGCGUCUGGAUGAAUAUUACCGCUAUGAUGGCUCCUUGACCACGCCUCCAUGCUACCCCAGUGUGCUCUGGACGGUCUUUAGGUCUCCCGUCUCCUUAUCUGUCAAACAGUUCCAAGCCUUAGCAACAGCAAUCUACGCCUCUGGUUCCCAAGAUUCAAACCCUGUGCCUCUCCAUGGAAAUUACCGGAAACCACAGUUGUCCAACAACAGAGUAGUCCUGGUAUCUUUUAAGGAGGGCCGAGGACUGUAUGGUAUGAUCACUGUCACAUCUCCCAUCUUGAGGAGGCAAACCAUCCAGCAGCUACAGCUUGGUGACCUUGCAGAUCUGGCUGAUGAUGGGCUGCAGCAACUGCUGCCCAAACUCAGACAAAAGCCCCAGGCUGGAAACGCAUGGAAGAACCACAAGCCCAGCCGGGACCAAACCGGCUUUGAGGAACAAGGGCUGAAAUUUAAGGUGAAUGGAGACACCGUGUUCAGCUCCUCACCUUGGAAGUACACCCAGGCCGGGCGCUAUGGGGCUGGGCUGAAUGAGGACGCGAUGUGUUACGUUUCUCUGGAGCAGAAGGUCUUCCAUCAGCUGAGGAGAACUCACACUGAGGCCCAUCUGGUCCAGGCUCUGAGAGAGGUGAUGUUUCCACAGCUGAACUUCAGGAGUUACCUGCACGGCCGGUCUGACCUGGCCCUCCCCACCAUCAGGCUUAUCCUCAGUGGUAGGCCCACAGACGAGGCCUUUGAGCUCGAUCGCUCUCUGACCAAGGCCUAUGUGGGGCAGAGGAAGAGUGCAGCGGAGCAAAAGCCAAGCUUGGCCCUCACAAAGUAUUCAAGCCUGUCUGUUGCUACUGUGCCUGAAAGACCCCACAGCCCAGUCCAACCAUAUCUAUGGAUCCAGCCAAUGGAGUGGGAGGACUAGAACUUCCCACAAUUCAAUAUAUAUUCUAAACCAAAGUUACAUUGUAGCCAGACAUUCUCUAAACGUUCUGUGCAUUUACAGCAUACACCUAAUUUGGGUGUUUUGUACUUUUGUACUCUCUGCUUAAACGAUGAAGAGAGGUCUGCAUCUCGUACCGACUGGACAUUUCCUCUGACUGUCAAAUUGUCACUAUUAUUCUGCUUUUCUACAACUCAAGUUGUUCGAAUGGCAAACUGUCCGAAUCCAUUGGUUAUUCACGGUUGGCAAUAUGAAUAAUAUAUAACCACAUUUAUUUUCCUUAAUGAUGAAUAAUGGGUAUUUUGUUUUUGUGGAACAAUUGCCAUUACCAGUGCAUUCAUAUACAGUGUGGACUGCAAUUUCAAUGACAAGGGGAGACCUGUUUAAGGAAUGAUAUGCUACAGUGAUUUGCGUGGGAAGCUAAAUGAACAAAGCUACAUAUAAAUGGAAUGCAUACAAAGACAAGUGACAUACUUGUCUUUUAGAAUUCUAGAAUUUUAUUUGGAAAAGUAGUCAUAUGUUGCAGUAAUUGUACAUUGAUGUGGUUAGUGUAUUGCACAACAAAGAAAGAAAAUUUGUAUUUAAACUGCGUUUCAUAAUACUGGCUAUAGCUGCUUGUGAUGUGGGUUGAAAUGGUUGUCUGCUAAAUAAAGUAAUAUAUUUAACAAAUACUCUGAACAGACAGUUUUACAUCCUAACACAACACCAAGGGCUUUCUCUGUGGCCCUUAACCCAUUCAACUGUGUAAUGAACGGUAUGGAAAUAGAACAAGUCAUAGUUGUUGGUUUGUGUACUUUUCAUUAUGUGCACAUCAUUCCUAUACUCUUGGUUGCUUAUGAAUGCUCAUGAUGACUCAGAUUUACUGGAUUUUUACUCUUGAGUCUGAUAUUUCUUUCUGUUUCCCCUUAACAUUC